AUGCGAAGCUCAUCUUCCAUGACCACGCUCUCGCAGGAAGCGGUGCAGUCGGAGGUGGCGACAGUUCAGGUGGCUCUCGGGACCUCGGUCCCAGGUCUUGGGUUUGUGAAACAGCAGGCAAACGGCAGGCUGGAGCCGGAGAACGCCGGAGGAGAGCUCAAGGAUGGGCAGCACCACUACGAGGGAGCCGUUGUCAUACUCGAUGCCGGAGCGCAGUACGGGAAAGUCAUAGAUCGUCGGGUGCGCGAGCUGUUCGUCCAGUCAGAGAUCUUCCCUUUGGAAACGCCAGCCUUUGCGAUCAGAGAACAAGGGUUUCGAGCUAUCAUUAUAUCUGGAGGACCAAACUCUGUGUAUGCAGAAGAUGCACCAUGGUUUGACCCAGCAAUAUUUACAAUAGGAAAACCAGUUCUUGGAAUCUGCUAUGGCAUGCAGAUGAUGAAUAAGGUAUUUGGGGGUACGGUGCACAAGAAGAGUGUUAGAGAAGAUGGAGUGUUCAGCAUUACUCUGGAUAACACAUGUUCACUGUUUAGGGGCCUUCAGAAGGAAGAGCUUGUGCUCCUCACUCACGGAGAUAGCGUGGAUAAAGUAGCUGAUGGAUUCAAAGUGGUUGCACAGUCUGGGAACAUUAUAGCAGGCAUAGCGAAUGAAUCUAAAAAACUGUAUGGAGCACAAUUCCACCCUGAAGUUAGCCUCACGGUGAAUGGAAAAAUGAUCCUGAAGAAUUUUCUUUAUGAUAUCGCGGGAUGCAGUGGUACCUUUACGGUAGAAAACAGAGAACUUCAGUGCAUUCAAGAUAUCAAAGAGAAAGUGGGCUCAUCAAAAGUCCUGGUUUUACUCAGUGGCGGCGUGGACUCAACAGUGUGUACUGCUCUCCUGAACCGAGCUUUAAACCGAGAUCAGGUCAUAGCUGUACACAUAGAUAAUGGAUUUAUGCGCAAAAGAGAGAGUCAGUCUGUGGAGGAAGCACUCAAAAAACUUGGGAUUCAAGUUAAAGUGGUGAAUGCAGCUCAUUCAUUCUAUAACGGUACAACAACUCUGCCCAUCUCGGAUGAGGACAGAACUCCACGUAAAAGAAUUAGCAAGACCUUAAAUAUGACUACAAGUCCUGAAGAAAAAAGAAAAAUUAUUGGUGACACCUUUGUUAAGAUUGCCAAUGAAGUUAUCGGAGAAAUGAAUCUGAAACCUGAAGAGGUUUUUCUUGCUCAGGGUACCCUCAGACCUGAUCUCAUUGAAAGUGCUUCCCUUGUUGCAAGUGGCAAAGCUGAAGUCAUCAAAACUCAUCAUAAUGACACAGAGCUGAUUCGAAAGUUAAGAGAAGAGGGUAAAGUAAUAGAACCGCUGAAAGACUUUCACAAAGAUGAAGUGCGAGUGCUAGGGAGGGAGCUUGGUCUUCCUGAAGAGCUGGUUUCGAGGCAUCCCUUCCCAGGUCCUGGUCUAGCAAUCAGAGUGAUAUGUGCUGAAGAGCCUUAUGUGUGCAAAGACUUUCCUGAAACAAACAACAUUUUGAAAAUAGUUGCAGAUUUUUCUGCAAGUGUUAAGAAGCCACAUACUUUGCUGCAAAGAGUCAAAGCUUGUACAACUGAAGAAGACCAGGAGAAGCUGAUGCAGAUUACAAGCCUACAUUCACUGAAUGCCUUCUUGUUACCAAUCAAAACUGUGGGAGUGCAGGGCGACUGUCGUUCAUACAGCUAUGUUUGUGGGAUCUCUAGUAAAGAUGCUCCACACUGGGAGUCUCUUAUGUUUCUUGCCAGGCUCAUACCACGCAUGUGCCACAACAUAAACAG